ACAAAAAUGUACAUUUUGUUUAAUAAAACUUUUGUUUAUUGACCAUUUUGAUUGUUUCUGAUUAUUUGAAAAACGUCUGGAAUAUCAUUUUUAAAUUUUAUUUUUAUCACAUUAAGAAAGCCUACUUCAGCUUCACUUCAGAAAUCAUGAAAAUUAAACCUAAAAAAAUAGUCUUAUUUUUGGUUUUUGGACUACAUAAAAUCUAAAAUGCCUGAUUUAACUUAACAAACAUUUAGAUGUUUCGUGUUUUUAAACAUGGUUUCGUGUUUUUAAACAUGACCCGCGUUAAUUUUGUUUCGGAACCAGUUCUAUAAUGAUCCUAAACAGCUGAUUGUACGCCUUCUAUUUGGUUGAGUGGUCACUUAUAUUUCUUUUUUCAACUAAUAAUAAUUUGUUCAUACAUAAAUAAAAAAUGGGGACAAAUGACAAUGCUUCCGUUCAACAUUUGGAGAAACAUUUAGCGUUGUUAAAGGAUGAAUAUAAAAAUCAACAGCGCAAGUAUGGGGAAUUGGAGAGAAAAUACAACGAAAUUGUUGCUACAUCAGCAAAUGAAGAGUUCUCAGGCGGACUCAACAAUUUUGUCUCACGUCUGUCAUUAACGGUUGCUUCAUUAUUUGGUAGUCAUACUUAUGCUGAUAUUUACAUUAGAGCACAAGAGAAAGUAUUUCCGGCACACAAAAUCGUUCUUCACGCACGCUCUGAAAAAUGGGGAGAUAAUCACCUAAGCGGCAUACAAGAGCUCGACUGGAGCGAUUUAAAUGAAGAUGUUGUGCUGGCACUUUUGCGUUGGAUAUACACUGAUCUUAUUGAUUUGCAGCAUGAUGGGCUAGCUUUGGAUCUUCUUAGAACCGCACAUCGAUUUGGUUUACCAUCUCUUUUAGGACUGUGUGAGCGAGCAUUAGUUGCUUCGGUGGGAGUAAGGUCUUGCAUACGAUUUUAUUGUGUUGCUAAAGAAGUAGAUGCAUCAACAUUGUUAGAAUACUGUGCCGGCAUUAUAUCAACACAUUGGGACGACCUUACAACGCAAGACUUUGAGCACAUGUCCGGGCCUUUAUUGUUUGAAAUGCUUCAGACCAAAACAAAGUAUCCCCUCCAUGCUGCUGUCAGACUCCAAAGGGAAGACGUUGUAAGCAUGUGCAUUCAAGAAAAUGGUAACGCACUUCCACAACUGGUUAAUAGUUUUUCUGAAAAUGGACUAUUGCCUCUUCAAAUGGCUUUAUCAGCAAAAAAUGUUAAAAUUGCUCAGACCCUUGUGAAAAGCGGAAUGGCGAACAUAAAUGCUCUUAAUAUAGAGGGGUCUACACUGCUAAUUGCUGCUUUAAGAAAUGGUGACGUUUUUUCGGCAAAUUUCCUCUUGGAAGAAAACUGUCUUUUAGACCUUUCGCCUGACCCAUCGUCGGAUACUGCAUUACAUAUUAUUUGUAAUUUCGUUGAAUAUAGUAAUAAUCCAGACAAUUUUGCGGAAAUAUUAAAAGUUGGAAAGAAUAUUUUACUAAGGAAUCCAAAUGUAAAUAUUCAAAAUGUAAAAGGAGAAACACCUUUGCAUAUAGCAAUAGCCAGACAAAAUUCAGAAAUGGUAUUUCAUUUACUUAAAGUUCCAAAUAUUGAUAUUAAUUUGCGCACUUCCGAAGAAAAGAGUGCCCUGGAACUUAGUUUACUAUUGGGAGAUCGAGAGUUUAAGAUAGCCUCAAUGCUUUUAAAUAUGGGUGCAAACCCAAAUCCCAAAAAGUCAAAAACUGGAGAUAGCCUACUACAGGUGUUUGCAAUGGACGGACAUCUAGGGGAGUCCGCAGCAAUUUUUUUGGCAGAUUUUGCAACUCUUCAUCAUAUGAAUUUAAGAGGGUUAACAGCCUUACACAUUGCUGCUUCAAAAAACAUGCCAAACCUAGUAAAAAAAUUGAUUGUUAAAGGUGCUCCGUGCAAUUUACAAUCCAUCGAGAGCGAUCUUAAAUCGGCUUUGCAUAUGGCAGUUGAAGCUAAUGCAGUUAAUGCCUUAGAAGCUUUUGUUCAGAUAAAAAACGAAAUCCCCGAUGUUAUUGAUUUUAAUUGCCAAGAUAUUAAUGGCAAUUCACCGUUAAGUCUAUGCUUAGCUCUUAAUAGAACUCAACUGGUACCUAUUCUCAUCCGAGGCGGCUCAAAUGUAAAUGCAAAGAAUAAGGACAAUUUAACACUGUUGCAUCAAUCAAUAAAGAAUGGAGACACUGAUACAUCAUUGUUUUUACUAGAGCAAGGUGCAGAUUUUACUGCUGUAACAGAUGAUCAGGUUUCUGCAUUGGAGUUAUCGAUCGAAUACGAUCUACCAAGAGUCGUGAAUGCCCUUUGCACAAGAGGAAUCGCACUAAGACCCGAUUCAAAAGGAGUUUCACCACUAUGGACAGCAUUGGAACUUGCGCAUGAAGAUGUGGCAAGUGUGCUUGUGCGACACGGAGUUGACACUGACUGCUGGGGCAACGGACCAGAGGGAUGCCAACAAACUCUUUUACAUCGUGCAAUUGAUGAAAACAAAGAAUCAAUUGCUAUAUUUCUUAUUCGAAGUCAAUGUGACUUAGACUCCGCACGACAGCCAGGUCCGAAUGGUGAGGGUGGAGAUGAAGCAAAGGAAAAAUCUUCCCCGCUGCAUUUAUGUUGUCAGUGGGGCCUAACCAAAGUUCUUCAGACACUAAUUGAUCACGGUGCUAAUGUUAACGUAAUGGACGCUGAAAACAAAUCUCCACUUCAUGUAGCUAUUGAAAACCAACAUGAAGAGAUAAUAGCCGUUCUUCUUUGUCACCCUAUUAUAGAACUUAAACUCCGUGAUAGGUCCGGAAAUACACCUUUUGCAGCCGCCUUAGGUAUUCGUAAUCACAAGGCCGCCCAACGCAUUUUGGAUCGAUUUCCAACAGCAGCUGAGCAAAUGGACCAGCGCGGCAGAAACUUUUUGCAUUUAGCAAUUAUGAAAGACGAUUUAGAAAGUGUUUUAUUUUUGAUAGCUAUUCAGGUAGAUGUUAAUUCUCGAGUACAUGAUGUCAAUCAAUCUACGCCCUUACAUUUGGCGGCUGCCUCAUUUAAUGAAAUGAUAACCAGAAAUCUAAUUUUAGCUGGUGCCCGUAUGAAUGAACGGGAUGCUGUCCAAAAAUUGCCCCUUCAUAUUGCCAUUGAGCGCGGAAAUCUUUCCGCUGUAUGUGCAUUAAUUCAAAACAAUGCCGACUACGACGCAACAGAUGCUGAUGGCAAUAAUGCUUUACACAUAGCUGUAAGAUGCGGUCAGUUCUUCAUUGUACGUGAACUUUUAACAGAAUCCAGAGUAAACGCAGAGGCAACAAAUUUAAAAGGUCGGAAUCCUUUGCAUGAAUUGUGUCGUGUUGUUGAGGAUAAUACAGCCGCUCUGAUUUGCGAACUAUUUCUAGAAUGUAUGCCAAAAUAUCCAAUUAAUAUUCCUGACUUGGAUGGAAAUACUCCGCUGCUGCUUUCCUUUAUGAGAGGCCAAUCGCCACUUUGUAAAAUACUUGUAAAAGCAGGGGCGUGCCUUGGUACCGAAAAUAGAGAAGGAGUAAAUAUUUUUAAUUUUAAACUAGCUACAGAUCAACUACUUCACAAAUUGUUGGACCAAUUGCCACAAGAAUCAUCGUGGUCAGAGUGUGACCUAUGCCAGGAAUGUACCACAAGGUUUACAAUUACUAUGCGAAAACAUCAUUGCCGGCAUUGUGGACGGGUGCUAUGCUCCAAAUGUUCCAGCAACGAUAUACCUAUUUUGAAAUUUGGCAUAAACAAACCAGUAAGAGUCUGCUGCGUUUGCUUUAAUGUGCUGCAAUGUGGUAAUGGAUCAUUGUCAUAGUUUAAACCUAACCAAUUUAUCAAUUAAUUAUAUAACAUGGUUAUGAGGUGCCGUUUAUUAAGAGGACAAAAUAAAAAUACUAAAAGAUAUAAAAAUGUUAUUAACAAAAAAAUUAAUUUGUAAUUAUUUUAAUACAAUCAUUAAGCGCCCAAUUAUUUGGAAGGCUUUUUACUAAAGAUAAAGCUUUAUGCCAAAGAACACUUUCUAAAAUUCUAGUCAAAGCGUGCCUUGUUAGUAAAAAUUGAGAAUGAAAAAAUAAUUUUAAAUUCAAGCUAGCCACAGAUGAAUUACUUCACAAAUUUUGUAAUCCAUUACCACAAGAAUCAUCGUAGCCAGAGUGUGACUUAUGCCAAAAGUAUAUAACUGAGUUUACAAUUACUAUGCCAAAACGUUAAUGGUAAGAAUGGGAUCAAGUGAAUUACAAAUAUUUUAACGAUCUU